AUGCCAGAAAGAGUCCAGAACUCAACCCUGUCCUCCGAGACCAGCGUCCAGCCAGGAGACAAGAUGUCUGACACAGUCAAGUCCGUUCCAGUGCCCACAGAGGGCUCGUGGAAGGCGGUGGCCAAGGAUCAGAAGACCCGCAAGAAGCGCAAGCACAGCCGCAGGGAGAACUACUCCAUCUACGUGUACAAGGUGCUGAAGCAGGUCCACCCGCUCACGAGCAUCUCGACCAAGGCCGUGGGAAUCAUGGACUCAUUUAUCAAUGACAUCUUCGACCGUAUCGCCAGCGAGGCCUCCCGCCUGGCGCGCUAUACCAAGCGCUCGACCAUCGCAUCCCGGGAGAUCCAGACAGCCGUGCUGCUGACGCUUCCCGGGGAACUGGCCAGGCAUGCGGUGUCCGAGGGCACCAAGGCCAUCACCAAGUACACCUCGGGCCCGGAUCACUGCGGGACUGGCUCCUGCCGUCUGUGGUCCUGGUCUCCGUCUGAUGCCACAGCUCAACUCCAGCCUAAGGGCAAAGAAAGAGUCCAGAACUCAACCCUGUCCUCCGAGACCAGCGUCCAGCCAGGAGACAAGAUGUCUGACACAGUCAAGUCCGUUCCAGUGCCCACAGAGGGCUCGUGGAAGGCGGUGGCCAAGGAUCAGAAGACCCGCAAGAAGCGCAAGCACAGCCGCAGGGAGAACUACUCCAUCUACGUGUACAAGGUGCUGAAGCAGGUCCACCCGCUCACGAGCAUCUCGACCAAGGCCGUGGGAAUCAUGGACUCAUUUAUCAAUGACAUCUUCGACCGUAUCGCCAGCGAGGCCUCCCGCCUGGCGCGCUAUACCAAGCGCUCGACCAUCGCAUCCCGGGAGAUCCAGACAGCCGUGCUGCUGACGCUUCCCGGGGAACUGGCCAGGCAUGCGGUGUCCGAGGGCACCAAGGCCAUCACCAAGUACACCUCGGCGAAAUGA